CACACACCUCCGAGGCUUGGGCUUGGCUGGUGGAGUCAGCUCUGCAGAGGUCGUGUUUUGGCGGCGACGAAAGUGUGAAUUAUGAGUGCUCGGGUAAGAUCGAGAUCUAGAGGAAGAGGAGAUGGUCAGGAGUCUUCUGAUUCGGUUGAACCUGUGGUUACCCCGAAAUUAAGUGGCAAGAAGUCUCAACAAAAGGAACCACCAACUGAGAAUCUGGAUAUCGAACCUGGACAAGAGAAAGGAGGAACAUCUGUGGUUCAAGCAGAACCUAAGUUGGAAGGUGCAAGCCAGGAAACGGGUCUGGAAAAGACUGGGGGUGAGCGUGGAGAUGGCCCUGAUGUGAAAGGGAAGAUUCCACCUAAUCUAAUGCCUGCGAAAAAUCCGGAAGCAGGUGAUGGCCAGUCAUAAGUUAAAAAGAAUACAAGCUGAAGCCAUACAUGCUGUUGUUAUAUUGAUAAUUUGGCUUGUUAAAUCCUCUCAAUAAAGUUCUCAGUUUCUGAGAAGAAAUCAUGUA